ACGCAAGAGGGAUGACCACGCCGGUCAUUUUGGCCAUUUGUAAAAUCUUGCAUUAAAACCUAUCCUUUUUGCUAAAAAUGGCAGAUAACAAGUUAUAUGAUGUGUUGGGUGUUAGUAGAUCAGCUUCAGACUCGGAAAUAAAAAAAAAUUACAGAAAAUUGGCAAAAGAAUUUCACCCAGACAAGAAUCCAGAAGCUGGUGAUAAAUUCAAGGAAAUAUCAUUUGCCUAUGAAGUCCUUUCAGAUCCCAAGAAACGUCAAAUUUAUGAUAAAUAUGGUUUAAAAGGAAUGCAAGAAGGUGGCCAUGAUGGACCAGGAUUUGCCCCAGAUGAUUUAUUUUCACAUAUAUUUGGGGGUGGACUUUUUGGUGGGAUGGGGGGCAUGGGAGGAAUGCCUAGAAGGCGACAAAGAGGUGAAGACACUAUUCACCCAUUAAAAGUGUCUUUGGAAGAUAUGUACAAUGGUAAAACAGCUAAACUGCAACUUAGUAAAAAUGUGAUAUGUUCAGCUUGUGAUGGUAAAGGUGGUAAAGCUGGUUCAAGUAUGUCUUGUCGCACCUGCAGAGGAUGCGGUGUGAAAGUUACAUAUAGGCAAUUGGGUCCAGGAAUGACACAGCAAAUGCAAUCUCGUUGUACAGAUUGUAAUGGUGAAGGACAGGUUAUUAAUGAAAAAGAUCGUUGUGCUAAUUGUAAGGGUAAGAAAGUAAUCAAUGAAAUUAAAAUCUUAGAAGUUCAUGUUGACAAAGGUAUGAGGGAAAAUCAAAAAAUAUACUUCAGAGGUGAAGGUGAUCAACAGCCUGAUGUUGAAACUGGUGAUGUUAUCAUAGUUUUACAACAAAAACCUCAUGAUGAAUUCCAAAGGUCAGGCGAUGACCUAGUGCUACGACAUACUAUUUCUUUAACAGAAGCUCUAUGUGGUUUUCAUAUGGUUCUAAAACAUUUAGAUGGAAGAGAAUUGAUCAUUAGGCAUCCACCAGGACAGGUUAUUAAACCUGGAGAUUUAAAAGGAAUUGUGGGUGAAGGAAUGCCUCAGUAUAAAAGUCCUUUUGAACGAGGGAAUUUAUAUAUAAAGUUUGAAGUAACAUUUCCAGCUAGCCACUUCACUACAGAAAACAAAUUACAAGAAUUGGAGGCCUGUUUACCUCCUAGGCCAGUAUUCACAGUUCCAGAGGGUGAACAUGUGGAAGAAGUAGAUUUACAUGAUUAUGAUCCUAGCCAGAAAUCUAGUAGUGGACGUGGAGAGGCUUAUGGUAGUGACGAUGAAGAGCAUGGACAUGCAGGCCCAGGACUUCAAUGUGCACACCAGUAAAUUGUGGCAGUGAUAU